AUGACUCGUCAUCUUCAAAGGAGUAUAACGAAGCAUAUGCAUUGCUUCAACCCUUUCGCGGUAACGGCGAGUUGCAGGAUGUCUUGUUCCAGGCUAGCAAUGAUUCUCAUCCAGACACACUGGCGUGUGGCCGUACGCUUCAAGUCGAACUCCGUUCAUGCCAGAGCACAUCGACAACGUGGUGGACCUCCUUUCCCAGCAAGAGCGAAACACCAAGAGCACCCCCUAUCUGGACGGCAUCAACAUGGAUCCCCAGCAGAAGGCGAAGAAAAAUGUGAAGAAAUCGCGGCGACAUACGAAAAAGCUGUCGGAGAAAUCCGAUAUAUCGCGGACAGCACCCCCCCGACAUAG